UGCUCACGAGAACAAGAAACUGCUGGAAAUUUGAUCAGUUAUCUUUAGAAUCACCUUUUGUCUAGAAACACGAAGAAGAUGGCUGAAAGAUUAAAAGGAAGUUUAACGGAAAAGGUUGGUGAGAUCAAGAGAAUGCAGAGCAAUUGGAUGAGAGAACGAUCUCAAAACAUUGAUGGUCGAGAGAGCAUGGGUGAAACACGUGAAGGAGGUGGAGAAAGGAAGGGCCGAGACAAGAGUGCCAGAAAAUCUGCUCAGACAAAUGAUAAAUCAGGGUCGGAAACGAUGUCCUGGAGUAUGGGCAAUUCUAAAAAGAAACCCCUGUCAACUCAAAAUUCAACAAAACCAUCCACCAAGCAGCAGACACUAAGAACACGAUCGGCUUCCCCGGCUCGGAGUGCGACAAAUUCCGCAAAGAAGAGUCCAUCUGCGUCAUCAUCAUCAGCUGCUAGUAAGAGGAAUGGCUCCUCAUCCAGGCCUUCAAGUGCAAGGAGUACUGCUAGCGAAGGGUCACGUCCUCCUUCUGGUAGGAACUACCCAUCAUCAUCACAACCAGAUAAAUCAGCCAGGACAGAUCACAAGAGAAGGGUGGGUGAUAAUGACAGCAUUUCUUUAGGUACAAGGGAGAGGACUGAUGUUCGGUCUACCCGAGGAGAUUUAGGGGAUAGGUUCCAUUCGGAGCCAAACUUGAAUAACUUUGAAGGUUCUGAUAGGGGUGGUGAGACAAGUUCCAGGAGACUACAGGGGGAUAUGGGGGACUAUGAUAGUACGAGAGGGGUACAGUCAACACAUUCCCUAGGCCAUAGUAAACAAACAGUCGAUGACCAAUGCAUGGUGAGAGAUAGCCAGACGUCCAGUCAGGUUGACGGCAGCGCGUUGGAGAGAAGACCACGGCCAAAACCUUCUUUGGAUCCAGAUGCCUUUGACAGGCUAGCUGACCAGAUUGCUACCAGGGUGAAGGCAGAGAUGAAGGAUGAGAGACAGGAGUUGAUUCGCCAAUCAGGAUAUCCUCAGAACGUCCUGGAUGAACCCAAUGAUCAGCCAGAAGGAUACAUUGAAGGACAUCACUGCUGUAAAUGCAAGCAGUUAAUGAUACCACCUGAUCAUUCUGCAACUCUCCUGGUUCCGUGUGGACACACCCUCUGCGAAGCAUGUGCAGAAGAUAGAAUCAAAUGCCCAACUUGCAGAACGAGAGUCACCUCAACGUCACUGAAUUCAACUCUCCAAGAAAUCAUCUCCUCCUCGAGACCCAACUCUGGAGCUUGCCCUCUUGCCUCCCACUCUCAACCACUGACCAAUCACAGAACUCCCUCGGAUGUCAAUCAAAAUCACGUCUCAACUCAUUCGACCAAUCACUACCCAGACAGCCACAGAACUCAACAAUACACGCCUUCUCGAUAUGCAGAUGAGGGACAAGUCCAUUCAAGACCAGAGGGGGGAACCGAGCAUCUUACCAGAGGGUUCAAUAAUAAUGAUAAUAAUGCAAGGACGAGAGAAAGUAAGGAUGCAGGAAGUGAGAAGGUCGAUGUUGCUCGUAGCAGGAGGAAGAUGAGCCCGGAAGAAGAAGCGAGGAAGCUGGAGGAUGAAUACCAAUCGCUUGGUAUCAGGUGUGAAGCUUUGGAGAGUGAAGAAGCAGAUGUAGUGGAGAGGGUGGAGAAACAAAACCAAGAGAUUGCCAAACACAAGCAACAAAUGGGCAACAUAUCACAGAAACAGCAGCAUCUGAGGGAUGAAAUCAAGAGUCUGGAGAAAAGACUAGCUGGCCUCGAAGGUCAUCGGCAGGAAUACAAGAGACAGGUGGAAGAUGCAGAGGACAGGAAGAGGGAGGAGCUUGACCAGCUUGCGAUGGUCCGCACCAUGCUCAGGGACAAGCAAAGGGAUCGCGAGAGGGUCAAAAUGUCUGCAAGAAAGUUAAACGUUUCUCUUGACUGAACACUCUGAUUUGAACCUCGUGUAAUGGACCCUCUAUAAUCAAAUGAGAGGGUUACCAAAGAGAUAACAAAGCAACUAUUCGCUGGCGAAAGAGGGAUUGGUCGACCACGGCUUCGCUAGAAGGACACGGUCAGGCGGCACCUUAAGCGGUGGCAAAUCGAAAUCAAGACUUGGACAACUGCUGCAGGCCAGCGAGCUGUAUGGAGAACAGCUGUAAAGUGAAAUUGAAGGCGGUCAUUGUCCCUUUAUGACAUACAGCUACUACAAUAAUCAAAUGAGGGGGUAAUACCAUGAUGCAAACUAUGCAAAUAUUAAGUGUCAUCCGAUAUUUAUUUAUUGCCUUGUGUUCAAGGUUUGGUACUGAAAAUAACAUGUAAAGUGAUUAUCAAAUCAUUAACAUUGUGGUCUCUGUUCCAUGACAGUCCAGGGCAAGUGACCAGUUGAAAGCCCCUUAUUCGACUUUAAACUCAUGAGGGGGUUCCUUUAAUACUAACCUUCAUUUCAAUGCUG